UGGAGCUGCUAUUAAAUGUGCGCUUUGUGGGUUGGCUCAGAGGGGAGAAGCAGAGUUGUGGGAAUAUUUCCACUGAAACGGACAGGACAGUGCAGUAGAGGCAAACAAGCGUUUCUUUCUGCAGUGGACGGGGAUUGAUUUUGUCUGGAUUCAAAAUGGAAUCAAAUGGGGACUCCAAGAGAGACGGUCUGAAAGACGAUGAGGACCUUCGGUUCCUGCUGGACGGCGCGAAACUCACCAAGAUUCGCUCGAAAUCCUGGCAGAAGAGCCGCUACUUUAAUCUGAUGGAAGACUGCAGGACCAUUUUGUGCACGUCUAAGAAACUUGUCAAAAAAGACAAUACCUUCCUCAUUGAUGACAUCGAAUCUGUGCGCAAGGGCCGCCAGACCGAAGGACUCAAAAAACACAUGGACGCUGACGAGGAAGAGAAGUGCUUCUCUAUCAUGUUUAAGGGACGCAGGAAGAACCUCGACUUCAUGGCGGACUCUGAAGAGGAGGCCCAUCGGUGGGUCACCAGCCUAGAGAAACUCAUGAACCAUGCGCACAACCUCAACAAGAAGCAGAAGAGAGAACAUUGGUUCAUCAGCUGCAUGCGAAAGGCAGACAAGAACAAAGACAACAAGAUGACCCUGAAAGAGCUGAAGCAUUUCCUGCGACAGGUCAACAUUGAGGUGAAUGACACCUAUGUGGAGGAAAUAUUCAAGAAAUGUGACACGUCAAAUUCGGGUACCCUGGAAGACUUGGAGAUCCAGGAAUUUUAUAACCACCUGACAAAGCGGGAGGAGAUAGAUGUGAUCUAUGCGGACUACGCUAAAACAGAGGGUGAAAUGAGCGCCAGGGACCUGCUGGAUUUCCUGCUGAAUGAGCAGAGGGAGCAAGCGACCAUGGAGAGUGCGCUCAAGCUGAUUGAGAAAUAUGAAUUGGACGAAGCAGCAAAACAGAAGAAGCGCAUGACGAAAGAUGGCUUUGUAAUGUACCUCAGCCAGGAGGAUGGAUGCAUCUUCAACCCAGCUCACUCACCGGUGUAUCAGGACAUGAGUCAGCCUCUCAAUCAUUACUUUAUCUCCUCCUCACACAACACCUACCUGAUGGAGGACCAACUCAAAGGACCCAGCAGCACAGAGGCCUACGUAAAAGCACUGAUGAGGAGUUGCCGUUGUGUGGAGCUGGACUGCUGGGACGGACCAAACGGAGAGCCUAUAAUUUAUCACGGCUACACUCUGACAUCAAAAGUCCUUUUCAAAGAAGCCAUCAGGGCCAUCAAAGACUAUGCCUUCAAGACAUCUCAGUACCCCGUGAUUCUGUCCCUGGAGAACCACUGCACAGUGGAGCAACAAAAGCUCAUGGCCCAUCACUUAAUCGACAUCCUGGGUUCUGCUUUGGUCACAAAGCCUUUGGGCGACACCAUGCCCGCCAACCUCCCCUCACCAGAGGAGCUGAAAGGGAAGUUCCUCGUCAAGGGGAAACGACUGAACAAACUGGAUGCCGUGUUCUCCAACAACAGCACCACUGUUGAUGAAGACACGGUGUCUGAGGAGGAUGAGGCUGCAGAUUGUAAGGAGAACGAUCAAAAAGAUCAAAAAGCAAAGGCAAAGAAAGCAAAGAUCAAACUCGCCAAAGAACUGUCGGAUAUUGUCAUCUAUUGUAAGAGCGUCCAUUUUGGUGGGUUCGAACAUGCCAAAGACAACCAGAGCUUCUAUGAAAUGUCAUCUUUGAAGGAGAGCAAAGCCUUCCAACUGGCUGAUGCUUCAGCCACUGCCUUCAUCCAUCACAACAUGGACAAACUCACCAGGAUCUACCCGGCUGGCUCGAGGACGGACUCCUCCAACUACAACCCUGUUCCUAUGUGGAACGUUGGCUGCCAGAUCGUGGCGCUGAACUUCCAAACUAACACUAAAGAGAUGCAUCUUAAUCAGGGCCGUUUUUUGCCAAACGGAUUUUGCGGAUACAUCUUGAAGCCUGAAUUCCAAAGAAGCCCGUUGUCUCAGUUCAAUCCCCAAUCUCUCACCGAAGGGCCAUGGCUAAAGAAGAAGGUCCUCCAUGUCCUGGUGAUCUCAGCUCAGCAGUUGCCUAAACUAAACAAGGAUAAACAGAACUCCAUAGUUGACCCUCUGGUGAAAGUGGAAAUUCAGGGGGUGGCAGCAGACAACGACAAGAAGACGACGCACCACAUCGAAAACAAUGGGUUCAACCCCACGUGGAACACGAAAUUUGAGUUCCCCAUCAACGUUCCCGAGCUGGCCUUGUUGCGGUUUUUGGUGGAGGACCAUGACUCCGCGUCCCAGAAUGAUUACGUCGGGCAGUACUGUCUGCCACUCACCAGCGUUCAGAACGGAUAUCGCCACGUCCCAUUGCUCACUAAGAGGGGCGACAUCAUUCCCUCUGCAGGGCUGUUUGUGCAUAUCAUGCUCGAGGACCAGAAGUAGGAUCUUAUAGGGUAGGAAGCCUUCAUGCAAUCAGGGACGAG